AUGACAAUCGUCGGCCACCUCUGGUUCUUGCUCUGGAUGCUCGCUGUACCCAUCUCCGCUGCCGAAGCGACUCGAACCACUUCGGUAGGGGAUUCCGUUGCUACAGGCACUAGUAUUCUCAAGAUCUGGGAUGUGGACAAAAGUUGCAAUGAAGAGCUUAAGUACAUGGAGGAUUCCAUGAGUAUUGCUGUCGAUAUUGUCACCGCCGCUCACUCUGCUCUCAAAUUCAUGAAAGAGCAGUUACCGAAUAAAGAGAAAGAUGAGAAUCGGUACCAGCGCUGGUCGACCAUCUACAAGUCCAUUCAAAUUUUUUUGGGUUUAUGA